AUGUCGGAGGUGCUGCCCUACGGCGACGAGAAGCUGAGCCCCUACGGCGACGGCGGCGACGUGGGCCAGAUCUUCUCCUGCCGCCUGCAGGACACCAACAACUUCUUCGGCGCGGGGCAGAACAAGCGGCCGCCCAAGCUGGGCCAGAUCGGCCGGAGCAAGCGGGUGGUUAUUGAAGAUGAUAGGAUUGAUGACGUGCUGAAAAAUAUGACAGACAAGGCACCUCCUGGUGUCUAACUCCCCCAAAGACAAUGAGUUAAGGGAGAGUAAGAACGGCGGUAACAGUUAUUGGCAAAAAGCAUGAAAAGAGAAAGCACUUUGAAAUUCAUGACUAGCUUGCUACCCACGAUGAAAUCAACAACCUGUAUCUCGUGUCAGGCCGGGAGACAGACGAGGCGCGAGAAGGAGGAGGAGAAGGCUCUGGGCUCCUCAGCAAAAAUAAAAAUUAAAAAAAAAUUAAAAAUUUAAAAAUCACUAUAUACACACAUAUAAAGAAAUAAAAAAGAAAUCUCAGUACAGCUAUUUGUCAAAAUUAAUAUCCAUUUCCUUUUAUAUACAGUGAAUAUUGCGCAAUGAUCUGGAUUUUGAACCACUUAAAUAAUGAAGCGGCAACACCGGGUGUUUUGAGGUGUUGGCAUUCUUCACUGAUUUGGCUGUUCCCAAUGUUUACACUAUUUAAUCUUGCAAAAAUGAUUCUGUGCACUUGGAUGUGAAAUGCUGUCCGGUUUUAUUUUUUUAUGUUGUUAUCCUUGGAUGUAUGAAAAAUCAGCAGAUGAUCUCUAUAGAUACUAUGUUUUAUUUUGGUCAUCAUUUGAAGUUAUCAGGAAUGUGCUUAAAACAAGAAGAGAACUUUUCUAAGGAAUGAUACAAAGGAAGAAUCCUUGUUUUAUUUUAAAAUGACUUGUAAAGCUUGUGUUUCUUUGUUGCUGCAAGCUAUUUGCCCAAGUUAAUGCAAAUGGACACAUUUUAUAUGUCAGGAAAAAACCCCAGAAAAACAAAACAAAACAAACAAAAAAAAUGCUUGAGCUCUUUCUAACCUCUUCCUGCAGUCUGUUGUGUGAGCAGCCUGUUUUUUUUCUCUAAUAUUGUGUCAGUUUAUUCUCUUUAAUGGGCUGUAAAAAAAUGUAAUCACAAGAGUGCCAAAUAUCUUGAAAUGCCGAAAGGCAUUUUGGUUUCUUUUCUUUUUCCUUGUGCUCUGAGUCCACGUAAAGGAAUGCUUGGAGUGUCUUUUCUGUUAUUUAUAGGGGUUCUCUUAAGGCACACCAGCUGCCUGUUUUGCAUGGUAUUUGCAAAAAAAAAAAAACCAACAACAAAAAAAAAAAACACCUCUUGCGUGAGGAAAUCUUUUACCACUUUUUGUUUGCAACUUUGGACCUCAAGAGGUUUCUUCCCUUCCCUGUUCCCUCUUUUCUUAAUUCGAUAUUCUGGAUGUCGCACCUGUAACCAGCACACGGGGCUCUUUCUCCAACUUAAAAUAAAAGAACUGUCCCUGUGUCUCA